AUGGACUUGCCGACGGCUGUCAGUGCUUAUAAUGUGGCGGUGGAGGGAUUUCGGGAGCAGGAGUACCCCAUGUUGAAAGACUCUGUCUAUCUCGAUCACGCGGGCUCUACAUUGUGCGCCAAAUCUUUGAUGGACGCCUUUGCGCAUGAGAUGGCUUCGACUCUCUACGGCAACCCCCACUCGGGCUCAUGGUCAUCGCAGCUUUGCACAACACGUAUAGACGACAUCCGAUUACGAUUGCUGCGUUUUUUCAAUGCAGAUCCGUCUGAGUACGACGUGGUGUUUGUCCCGAAUGCCACCGCGGGUGUGAAACUCGUGGUGGAAGCCAUGAGGGCGCUCCCAGAGGGCUACUCAUAUGUCUACCAUCAAGCCUGUCACACCAGCUUAGUAGGUGCCAGAGAAGACGCGAGACGAAGCACAUGUGUGGACGAUUUCGACAUGGACUCCUGGCUGCGGGGCAAAGAUCCAUUUACCUCCGCCGGUCCGCCGUCGUCAGCAACGCUCUUUUCCUUUUCCGCCCAAUCCCAUAUGGAUGGGCGAAGGUUUCCCCUGUCAUGGCCGAGAGAGCUGAAAGAGAAGUCAAAUGACAGAACAACCCCACUCCUCAGCCUCUUGGACGCGGCUUCGUUUACCGCCACAUCCCAACUAGACCUCAGCUCUCCAUGUUUCGCUCCAGACUUUGUGGUUGUCAGCCUGUACAAAAUAUUUGGAUUUCCCGACUUGGGAGCAUUAAUAGUUCGACGUUCUGCAGAAUGUAUUUUCGAUCAGCGGCGUUAUUUUGGCGGAGGCACAGUCGAUGUGGUCACAUGCAAAAAGGAGCAAUGGCAUGCGAGAAAAACUCGCUUUCUUCAUGAGCGCCUGGAAGACGGCACACUGCCGUUUCACAACAUCAUAGCCCUCGACUCAGCAAUGACGAUACACACCAGGUUAUUCGGCUCCAUGGACCAAGUCCGUGCACACACUUCAUCUUUGGCUCUACAACUAUUUGACACGCUGGAAAGCUUACGACACGGCAAUGCCUCGCCCGUGUGCGUCAUGUAUAGCGAGCGGCCAGAUACUUCCGACUCCCUGGGAACGGGCCCAGUAGUCUCGUUCAACCUGAGGAACAGCGCAGGCGGUUGGGUCAGCCUGGGAGAAGUGGAAAAGUUGGCCAUUCUCCAUAAAAUUCAUAUUCGAACGGGUGGUCUAUGCAGCCCUGGAAACGUAGCUGCUACCUUGGGCUUGGAACCGUGGGAGAUGAGGCGAAAUCUGUCUGCUGGAAUCCGAUGCGGCGCCGACAGCGAGAUUAUACGUGGCAAGCCAACCGGUGUCAUUCGAGCAAGUGUGGGCGCCAUGAGCACCAAAUCUGACAUAACACGAUUCCUCGAAUUCGUAAAAGAGUUCUUCGUGGAAGAUCAUCCUACGUCGGCAUCACCCCAAGAGAGGUGCAAAACAAGUCUCCCAGUGCCUCCCAGUAUUCGCGUCAAAUCCAUCACCGUCUUCCCAAUCAAAAGCUGCGGUGGCUACGUCGUACCGCCAGGCGUGCAAUGGGAUGUGAAACCUGAAGGACUGGCGUGGGACCGUGAAUGGUGUCUCGUUCACCCGGGCUCAGGUCAAGCGCUCAGCCAGAAACGCUACCCGAAGAUGACACUCUUCCAGCCGAGCCUGGAUUUCGAAAAGGGUCUCCUGCGGGUGACAUAUCACGGAUCGGGAGCCGACUCGGCCCCCCAAGAGGUCCAAAUCCCAUUAUCCGCGGACCCAUCGCUAUUUGGCGACGAAUCUAAAGGAACGUCCUACCAAGUCUGCGGAGACGAAAUUUCUGCGCAGGCAUAUUUUUCGCCCGAGAUCAACAACUUCUUUUCCCAAUCCCUGGGCGCCCCAUGUGUGUUGGCAAGGUUCCCUGCCGGCGGACGUGGUCCCACGAGCCGCACCGUCAAGGCGCGCAUCCAGAAACACCAACAUGCCAGGCUUCUGUGCGCAGUCCCUGGCUCGUUUCCUGAUGUCCCGUCACCACCAGACUCUGACGCUGAACAUCCUGCCCAAGGCAAGAUGCUACUAGCUAACGAGAGUCCGAUCAUGCUCGUGAACAGCAGUAGUGUGGACGCUCUCAACGGCGACAUUGUGAAGCGAGGUGGCUCAAAAGUCCGAGAAAACUCCUUCAGAGCAAACAUAGUCAUUGAGGAGGACCAAGAGAGCAAGCACACCGCGUAUUCGGAGGACACGUGGAGAAAGAUCCGCAUUGGGAACCAGGAAUUCAAGCUGCUCGGUGCCUGUCGACGAUGUCAAAUGGUCUGUGUUGACCAGACAUGCGGAAUCAGAAGGCAAGAGCCGUUUUCGACUCUAGCAAAGACCAGGAGGUUCGAUGGAAAGGUCUAUUUCGGGGCACACAUGAAACACGAGCCUAGACCAGGGGAUGGGAGCUUGGCAAACCAGGCACCUACGAUCCAGGUCGGAGAAGCCGUCACCGUCGACGCAUGGAUAUCAUGA